GAUCUUGUAUCUACUCGAUUUUGUAUCACGGUUGGACAAACGUAUCUGACCAAAUAUAUACCAUUUUCAGGUCUGUGGCUCUUCUAUACGCGAGUAACCAUUGCUAAUUUUAUGAUAUAGAACCAUUUGCCAAUAUAAAACCAUGGUUAACCUCUAAUGCGAGACGUAUUAUUGAUAUUAUUAUCAUACUCAGUUUGAGUUGGUGACUGGUUUUGAGCUAGUUUAAAUUUCUUCAUAAACAAUAGUAUCUUCAGUUUUCAAAAAGUGACCCCAAGUCGUUUCUGUGUCUGAGUUUUACGCAAGCAACGUUUGUGUCGUUGAAAAUCUAAGAGUAAAGUGUGUCCAGGUUCUGAAAACCAAUUUAGGUUUACCGCUUAGCAAAAUAGGGUUCAUUUCAUCAUUUGUUCAUGAGACGAUAGACCGACUUGACCUUGACCUGCAUUAUCGCGUGUACUUCAAAGAGGGUCAAUCAUGCAUGGUAACUUCAUAUGCAAUGUUUACGUGGUGCAGCGGGCAACCUAAAUCAGCACCAUAGAGCGCGUGGGUCUAAAUCUCUUUCCUAGUUUCCCCCGAUCGAAAUACAAUACCGACACAGGAGGCAAGUUUACUUUCUACCUAAGUAUUCACUGGUUCCUCACGUCUCUUUCAAUUGAACGGCGUGAAAUUAUUGCUACUUAGCUCCUGAAGGGGGAAAUAGUUGGCACUACUGGCUGGUACUACUAAAACUGGAAGACUUGUUUGUUGUUCAAAUAUUAUUACAUCGUCCUUUAGUGGAUAUUCAUUACUAGCAAUUGUCCAGUAAGGAAUUGAAAACAAGAGACUGAAUCUCCCAGAGUAGGUCUACUACUUAUUACAACUAGAUAACUUGGACUCAGAACUGAUAUCAGAACUGUUCUCUCUCAACAGCCCAACUUCUAAUCCCAGAUCAAAAGGCAAAAGUCGGAACAAGGAUAAGGGUUCAAACGCAGAACCAUUGGAGUUCACUAAUCAGACAAUUACCAAAUCGUUCGACAAUCUACUGCCCUACAACAGUUUGGUCAUCUCCCCGUACGACACUGUAAACGUAGCCCCUGUCCCACCUUUUGAGCUAGAAUACCCAGAAGACCCCGAAAACAUGAGUUUGUCAGAGGCUAACACGAUUAUUAAGAAGCAGAAGUCUAGGAUCGAAGACUUGGAGAGGGCGGUGAAGGAACGAGACGCGGAGAUUGAGCAGCUGAAAGCGCAUCUGGACAUGACGAGGUCGGUGCUGAGUUUCCACGACUUGGAGCACAACAAGGAUCCGAGUGUGGCGGGAUCUCCGAAUGCCGGUGUGGCAGGAGAGCCGAAAGCGAGUGUGUUCAAACAGAGAGGUAUCGGAAUAUCGGCAGAGCCAACAGCCAAUGUCAGUCUGAGUGAGAUUAAGCUGAUCAAGCACGAAAAGACAGCAAAACAGAAGCAGCUGAUCGAGGAGGCUAUAGUGAGGAAUGACUUCCUGAAGAAGCUGGACAAGGUGCAGAUCCUGGACAUGGUUGACUGCAUGGAGCCCAGGGUGGUGCGGAUGCACGACACCAUCAUCAAAGAGGGCGAAGUGGGAAACGAGAUGUUCGUCAUCGAAGAGGGUAAUGUGGAGGUGUUCAAGGGGAGUGGGAAGCAGCUGAGAGUGAUGAAACCGGGCCAGCUGUUCGGAGAACUGGCCAUCCUUUACAACUGCACCAGAACCGCAUCAAUCAGAUCCGUAAGUGACUGCAAACUGUGGGUGAUCUACAGGAAGGUGUUCCAGAAUGUGAUGAUGAAGAGCACGAUCCAGAAGCAGGAGAACCACAUGAUGGCCCUCAAAAGGUGUCCCCUCUUUGCUGGGUGUGAUGAGGACACUCUGAAGAGGCUGGCAGACACGAUGGAGGAGCGACACUUCAAUCCGGGAGAGUUUGUGAUCAGACAUGGCUUCCAUGGCAACUGCGCCUAUUACAUAGUAUCCGGAGAAGUUGAUGUGCAAAGAAAAACGGAUACGAAGUUCUCAGCGACGUUGCAUAACAGUUCCUGGUUUGCAGACGAAACCCUUAGAGACCAAGAUUGUAUGUUGGAGAAUGUAGUGGUCAGUCAGAAGUCGCCCUGCACGUGCCUUAUCUUGAACAAAGACUCUUACAUCCAGGCCAUAGCCGCCAUCAACAGUCAGGAGAAAGUGGGCAAAAAUCAGCAGAUAUCAGUAGUGCCUAGACACACGGAGUUCGAGAAGAAUCCCACGUCACCGGAGGAGUUCGAGUACGUGGCCACUCUGGGCGUGGGUGGAUUCGGACGAGUGGAACUAGUCAAGUACAAGCAUGGAUCUCAGUUGAAAACAUAUGCAAUGAAGACUCUGAAGAAGAGACACAUUGUUGAGACUAGGCAGCAGGAGCACGUGAUGAACGAGAAGAACAUAAUGCUCGCAUGCAGAUCUCCCUUCAUCGUAUCACUAUUCGGCACCUUCAAAGAUUCCAAGUAUCUCUACAUGGUGUUCGAAGCCUGUCUCGGAGGUGAAUUGUGGACCAUAUUGCGAGACUUUUCUCACUUUGACGACGGCACAACUAGAUUCUAUCUUGCCUGUGUGCUGGAGGCAUUUGAGUACCUCCAUGGCAAAGGCAUCAUCUACAGGGACCUGAAGCCAGAGAACUUGCUUCUGGACACCAGCGGAUACGCUAAGCUUUGUGACUUCGGCUUUUCUAAAGUGAUUGGGAACAACAAGACGUGGACUUUCUGUGGCACCCCGGAGUACGUGCCUCCCGAGAUCAUCCUCAACAAGGGCCACGACUACUCGGCUGAUUACUGGUCAAUCGGCAUCCUCAUGUUCGAACUACUCACAGGAAACCCCCCAUUCGUGGGCAGUGACCCGAUGAAGACAUACAACAUCAUCCUGAAGGGCAUAGACGUGAUCCACUUCCCCUCGAAGAAGAUCUCGAGGUCGGCCAACCAGCUCAUCCGCAGACUGUGCAAACCCAACCCGGCCGAGAGACUAGGGGCGCCCAAGGGGGGCAUAAAGGAGAUCAAGAGGAACAAGUGGUUCGAGGGAUUCAACUGGGACGGAGUGGCCAAUCGCAAACUGGUGCCGCCCAUCAUGAAAAAUAUUGCCUCGCCCUUAGAUACCAGUAACUUUGAUCGGUACGAGAGAACGAAUGAAGCUCCGCCUCCAGACGACAUGACAGGCUGGGACCGAGACUUCUAGAUUAGUCCCCCCAGUUCCACCCAAGUUCAAAUCUAGUCUACAUGAACACGGGCCAUAUUAUUACCCACAAAGUUUCUAUCUCUAGUCAACAAAUCUAUCCGAAACGAACUUUCACCAAAGUAGUCAGUCGAAAGAACGAGCAGGAAACAGAAUCGACAUUUUAGGAGAAACUCAUUAUUUGAAGUUUAAAAUUGCACAAUUUCGGUGCUCUUUUCUAAUUGAUUCAAACUUAAUCUGUAUUCUCGUUUUCAAUCAAAUGGUUCGAAAUUAACUUGUACAUAAAAUGCUUUCAUCUUUCGCGGUCUUUGCACUGAAUUUAAACUCACUUCUACAGUUCGAAAACCUGAGUCGAUUAUAGACUCCAGGCUUCACUGGGUUGACGAAAAUAGGAAAAAAGAAUAUUUCAUCUGG